CUUCCGCGAGGAGCGGUUUGGCAAGCCCUUUUUUUCCUCAUCGUUGUACUUCUUACAAAUGAAGUCGAUUCCGAGGGAAGAGUUGUUUGUUACUAUACAAAUUGGAGUGUUUACCGACCUGGCACAGCAAAAUUUAAUCCACAAAACAUAAAUCCAUAUUUGUGCACACAUUUGGUUUAUGCAUUUGGUGGAUUCACUAAAGACAAUCAAAUGAAACCAUUCGAUAAAUAUCAGGAUAUCGAGCAAGGUGGCUAUGCUAAAUUCACUGGCCUGAAAACAUAUAAUAAACAACUGAAAACGAUGAUUGCUAUUGGUGGUUGGAAUGAGGCAUCUUCACGUUUCUCUCCACUCGUUGCUAACCCGGAGCGUAGACAGAAGUUUAUUAAAAACAUUUUAAAGUUCUUGCGGCAAAAUCAUUUUGAUGGCAUCGAUUUGGAUUGGGAAUAUCCAGCACAUCGUGAGGGUGGCAAGCCGCGCGACCGAGACAAUUAUGCACAAUUCGUGCAGGAAUUGCGUGCUGAAUUCGAACGUGAGGCAGAAAAAACCGGACGUCCACGUUUAUUGCUGACAAUGGCCGUGCCUGCAGGCAUUGAAUAUAUCGACAAAGGUUAUGACAUACCAAAACUAAACAAGUAUUUGGAUUGGUUUAACGUUUUGACAUAUGACUUUCAUUCAUCACAUGAACCUUCUGUAAAUCAUCAUGCACCAUUAUACUCACUUGAAGAGGAAUCCGAAUACAAUUAUGAUUCAGAGUUGAACAUUGAUUAUUCAAUAAAAUAUUAUUUGAAAGCUGGUGCAGACCGAGAUAAACUAGUACUUGGUAUACCAACAUACGGUCGCUCAUACACCUUAAUAAAUGAAGAAAGCACAGAGCUUGGAGCACCCUCUGAGGGUCCAGGAGAGCAAGGCGAUGCUACCAGAGAAAAAGGUUAUUUAGCUUAUUAUGAGAUUUGUCAAAAUCUUAAGGAAGAUCCUGAAUGGACAGUAGUACAGCCUAAUCCUACUGCCAUGGGUCCUUAUGCUUAUAGACGUAAUCAAUGGGUGGGAUAUGAUGACGAAGAUAUUGUGCGCAAAAAGGCAGAAUAUGUAGUUGAACAAGGUUUGGGUGGUAUUAUGUUUUGGGCCAUCGAUAAUGAUGACUUUCGUGGGUCAUGUACAGGAAAACCAUAUCCUCUUAUUGAAGCAGCAAAGGAAGCAAUGGUAGAAGGCUUAGGACUUGGAGUGAAUGAAGUAUCGAAACCCAGCUCUGCUAAAAAGCCUUUACGUUCAAGAAGUCGGGACAACACAUCUUCCACACGUAAUCGAAUUGAUGGUACCAGCGAUGACAAAUUAUCAGUGGAUCAGCGUAAAGCAACUUCUCGUCGUCCUACAAGCGGACCUCGCAAACGUGUGCAAUCAAGUACCACAAAUGCACCAAGUACUACCAUUAAACUUACUGAAGCUGAAGGAUCAUCGUUAUAUAUUGGUGGACGUACUUCUACACCACCACCACCUACAACACCAGAUCCGGGCACUGAUUUCAAAUGUGAAGAAGAAGGUUUCUUCCAACAUCCACGCGAUUGUAAAAAAUACUAUUGGUGUUUAGAUAGCGGUCCAUCAGGCCUAGGUAUCGUUGCACAUAUGUUUACCUGUCCUUCUGGUUUAUAUUUCAAUCCAGCAGCAGACUCAUGUGAUUUUGCGAGAAAUGUUCCCUGUAAAAUCAAAAAAGGAACUACAGCAUCACCUGUUACUACAACUACAAGCACUAGUACAACUACUCCACGUACUACAACUGCUUCUAAUCGUAUCACUGCUGCCACUUCACGCACAUCACUGUUUAGAACAACUACAACAAGCACAACAGCAGCACCAGAAGAAGAGGAAGAAUAUGAAUACGAGGAAGAAGAAAUUCCAACGAAAGACUCAAAAGAUAAAAACGCUGAAGAAGAUCCUCGCGUUAUUAAAGAACUAAUAGAACUGAUACGUAAAGUUGGUGGAAUUGAUGAAUUAGAAAAGCAUUUAUUGCAUAAAGAAGAUGGAACAAUUUCCUUAAAAGAUAACGAUACCAAUUCUGGCACUCCUACAACACAGUCAAGCAUCAGUAAAUCACUUUAUGAUAAAGUACUUAGUCGUCCUAACGCUUAUAAUUCCUUCCGCAACCGUUUAACUACAUCAACCCUAUUCCGCAAUAACGCACAAAUAAAAACAGAAGAAGUCGAGAAAAAGGAAGGCAGCACAAAAUUCGAAGAAGAUAUCUUACAACAAAAAUCAAGUUCUAAAGUCGGUAAUUCCAAAUAUUCAUCAGUAGUGCGAGGCAACAGCCGUCAAGGUCCACAAAAUGAAGGUCUGGAGAAUUUACCUGAAUUUGAUGGUUUUCUUAAAGAAAAGAAAGAAUAUGUCACAAUUAAUAGACAACGUGGUAGUUAUAAAGCACAGUAUAGUAAAGAUGAAGAUAAUGAAGAAGAUGAACAUGAAAAAGAAGUCCAAGACGAAGAAGUUGAAAUAGAAAAUAUUAGAACUACUAAAAAACCAAGUGCUAUUACAACGCCUGCCUAUGUGAGCAUUCGAAGAUCUAGACCAACUACGACACUACAACCAGUAAUUCAAAACAUAAAUACUGAGGAAGACAAAGAUGAACUUAAAACGGUGGAGGAAGUUACUGAGAAAAAAUCGUAUACGUCUUUGAACAGAUAUCGAGGUAGACCAACAACUACAACUGAAAAAAUCGAAUCAAAUGAUGAAGUUGAAUCGACUACAACAAGGUAUAAAUAUUUUGAACGCACACGGCCAACCAGAAUAACAACUACACGUACUACUGGAGAAAAAUCUGAUGUUGACGAUAAAGAUGAUGACAAUGAUGACAAUGAUGAGGAGGAAAACAAGCAAAAUGUAACGGUACAAAAUAAGGAAGAAAAUGAUUCCACACAAAAUACACAAACAACUACACGUAUCUACGCUAGCAUAGGUCGAAGACCAAUUACGACAACCACAUCAGAACCAUCAAUAACAACAACUACAGAAAUACCAAUAGCGAAAACAAAUUUAUUAGAAACUACAUAUACACCUGAACCAAUUUCGACCACUACUACUACUCACUCACCAAAUACAAUUACUAAUAUUCCAGAUAUCAUAUCCAAUUCAUUUACUCCCAUUUCAUCCACUACCAGUACCACUACCACUACCACAUCCACUACCACUACCACCACAUCAACAACACCAAACAGUGACCCUCUUUUAGAAACUACUUCUAUUAGCUCCACUGAAAUAAAUCCUUACAAUAUGUCAGACGAUACCUUUGCUCUCUCCCUUGAUAUAAACUCUCUUAAACAAACAGACGCAGAUUCUGCUUCGAAUUCAAUUAAAAAUGAAGCAGAUGCUGUUGAUGGCAAUCAAGAAACUUCAACAACAACAACACAGACAACGACUAAAACUUUAACCACAACUGGUACUACGAACAUUGACCAUCAACAAUCAAUUGACGAGGUAACAAAUCUUAAUAAAAAUAUAUCCAAAACACAAUAUAAAUACACUACAAGAACAAGAAAUGUAACUUCCUUCACCACUGCAACGAAUGACAAGAACACCGAUACCAAAAUUUCAAAUGAAAACACACAACCUAGUCUUAUUGAUAUUCGUAGUAACAUUGGUUUAAGUAGUAAUAGUAACAAAUAUGUUGGUGGUAGAAGGCAACAAUUAAAUAAUUUACUUAACCGUAAAUCCCAAAUCCAAAUCCAACAGACAAAUGAGACCUCCAUAACCAAUACUACUUCUGAACCAACUUCUACUAACGUAUUCGUGGGUGCAGUAUCUAGUCCAAGACCCUUUGGUUUUCCAAGACGUCGUAAUCGACCAUCUAGUUUCACAACAAAAAUUGAAGACUCUAAGCCCGUUAGUGAAAAUGACGAAGAUGCAGUAUUAAUCAAAUCGAAAAUAUAUGCGCAGAAUGCUAAUGCAAAUACGAAUAAGGUGAGUUCUAGCACUGACGAGUUGCAAGUACAAGUCAAUAAUUUGGAAAGCAACAGAGGGGGUAGCACUACGCGCACGAAAACAAUUUCACAAGAGCAUGUUGUAAAUUUAGUUGGUAAUAGUGGUGAUAGUUUAAGGCAUGUUAAGGGUUCUUCAAAUAGUUUAAGUAAUCGUGUAGUUGUAAGAAUUGAUGACGAAGACGACGAUGACGAAGAUGAAGAUUUAAAAUCACGUAAAUUUUAUACAUGGCGCGAUGCUAGAAGACCCACAAAACGAACAGUAAAAACGAAGAAAGUUAAAGUUUCUGAAGUUAGUAACCAAGAACAUAGAAAUAGUGGACACUUUAGAUUAGGUACUGAUGUAAAUAAUAAUAUUUUAGGUCAGAACAAUAAUUUAGAUUCAAACGUGAAAGACGAAAAUUUUGUAAAUAAAGAACAUAUUGCUGUACGAACAAGUAAGUAUCGCGGAAAAAGCUUGGAGACGAAGGACAUAGAGACCGAACCAUACUUCAAUGUAAAUAAAUUUGAAAGUCUUAGUUUGACACUAGGUCAUGAUGAGAAUCAAAAUGAGACAACUAUCACGAAAGUAGAAACCGAAGAAAAACAAGAAAACACUACUCUGAUUGAUGGUAAUAACAACCACAACAAAGACAAAUUAAAGAAAACUGAAAAUUUAGAUAAGUUGUUAUCAAGCCACGAUAUUAGUUUACAAGGAAAAACCUCUACAACACAGAGCACUGAAUUAGAAACUGAAAAUAGGUUAUUAAAAAGUGCCGAAGAAAAUGUGGGUGCUAUUCAAAAUGAAGAAAAAAAUAAUGAUAUUUUAGAGGCAUCGAAUCAAAAAGCAACUAAAUCUGAGAAUGCGCAGACACUAUUGGAAACAACUGACCACAUAAGUAUAGAAAACAGUACCGAUAUUCAUACAACAGUGAAGAGUGAUAAUGAUAUCAUAAAAACUACGAAUGAAGACGUAAUUCUGCAAAGUAAAAUAAAUAGUACUGAGAACGCUGAAGUAAACAAAAAUAGUUUUGAACAUUCGGAAAAAAAUCAGGGCGAAAAUUUAGAAACUAAAGUCCAAAAAACAAAACGAAAUUACUCAAUCACCAGAGGUGGAACACAUAGCACGGAAAGCGUUUCUGAAGAUAACACUGAAUUAAAUACAAAUCACGACACGGAAGAACACAAGAAUGAUUCUGAAAAUAGAAGAAGCAAAUAUCAAGUAAUAAGACGUCGAACUGAUACAAACCAUAGACCAACAACUGAAACCGUACAUUACCAGGCUAUAACACGCCUAAAUAAUGGUGUACAUCUUGGAGAAGACCAAUCAUCGUCUUUUUUCAGAAAUCUGGAACAACAUAUACAACAAGCUGAUGACAAUAAGCGUAAAACAUAUCAGACCAUAAGUAGAGGUGGACAAAUCUUUGAAAAAACAUCCGACUCUCAACAUUUUGAAACAAAUAGUAAUCAAAAAUCUACUGAAUUAACCGCUGAAAUUGAGGACAUUGACAAACCAAUUGACGCUCUUCCUUCCACAACACUUAAACCGAGCACUUUAAUUGAAGAUGAAAAUAUUGCCGCUGAAAUUAUAGACGAAGAGUUAGAAGUUCCUGUAAUUAGUACAACUAUGAAAGAUAUUGAAACGCCUGCGGAUGUGAUUGUGGAAACAACAACUGCUGAAAGUAUUGACAAAGACAAAGAAGAAAUUCACACAGAAUACAGCAAGGUUGAUUCUGCAACUGAAGUAGAUGAUUUGAUUGUCAAAGAAACAGAUGCAGCAAAUCUUGCCAAAAGUGUGUCUUUAAGUAAAAAUUUGGAUAACUCUAGUCAAGAUAGUUUGAACGAAUCUUUAAAUGAGACCUCUACUUCUAAUGAAGGUAACCUACAUCGAAACACUGCAAUUUUAUUUAGAAAAGUUGCAUUCAAAUCGAGGCAAAAUCUCAACAAAACAACAAAUAUAAAAACUUCUGACUUUAAUAAGGAAGAAAAUAGUGCAAACAGUUUAGAUAACUCUAGUCAAGAAGGCUUGAAUAAAUCUUCAAACGAAAGCUCUGCUUCUAGUGAAGGUAACCUACAUCGAAACACGGCAGUUUUAUUUAGAAAAGUUGCAUUAAAAUCUAGACAAAAUCUUAAUAAAACAAAUAUUGAAACUUCUGACUUGAGUACGAAAGAAAGUAGCACAAGUCAGUCUAGGGCUAAGGGUGAACUAUCUACAGAACUCAACAAAUCAGAUGAAGAAGUUAAAAAUACUCAUGAUAUUGUUGAUGAUUUGAAUCAACAGAAGACUAUUGCUCGUGGUACUUAUCGACCAAACACAAAAGGUGAUCUCUCUUCUCUUUUAGCUGCAGAUGAUAAUAAACAACAUAGAGCACGAGGAAACUUUCAUAUAAGACGACGUCCUGUUAAUCAAACAACAUCAAUAACUGAACAUGUUAGUUCCGAUGAAAAUUCAUUAAAAUUAAGAACAUCCUCUCAAACUGGUGAAGAUAAUAACAAUGAACAUAUUAAGAAAACAGUGUUUGUACGUAAAAGAAUAUACGGACAAAAAGGAGAAACCCAGCAAAAUGUAGACGGACUGAGAAUAAACAACUCUCAAAAUAUUAUCAAGACAACGAUCUCAACUAACUUUAAAAUAGAGGGAGAAAAUGACGAAAUAGAAGGUAAGAAUAAUUCUGAAGACAAUUCUGAAGUAAAGCAAAACUUGAAAGUUGAUGUAAAAACUGAUACUGAACGGAAUUUAACAACCACAUCAUUACAAAACAAAGACGUUAAUAUAAGUAACAACACUACUGCUUCAGGUGAUAGUGUUAAUACUGCAACUGAACUACAAUCAGGUAAUGUUAAUUCAAAUAACACGCAAUUCAGUGAAUCUACACACCUUAACUCCAAUAUUCUUAAUCAAUCCCGCAAUCGUUCAAGAUACAGCGCUCGUUCACGUGCAAGUUCUCAAACCGUGAAUACAGCUAACAACAUAGAUACUCAAGGUAGGGGUUCUAGAAUCACGAAAACUCGAACUAGCUCAACCGAAACUUAUAACAGUGGCGCAAAUAAGAAAAAGAUUGUAAGCCGAAUUCAUAGUAAGGUUGUGCAAGAGCAAGGCGAUGAUUAUGAGUAUGAAUAUGAGGUUAUUACAGAAAAACCUAGUACAACAACACAGCGCCCUAUAACACGUAAUCGUGGUUCAGUUAAGUUCCAGAGCAAUGAUUUGUCCUCUUUGCUUGCAUUAGAUUUUGCACAAAAAACAAAUCGUCGCACUGAGAAUGAAAAAACUAUUGUCAAAACGAGAAGACGCUUGAUAAAAAAACCACCUAUUAUCACAGAAACGGAAGAAGUACAUGAAUUUGAAACUGAAACUACAGAUGAUGAUGAGAAUGAAAGCAAAAUCAAAUCUGUUAGACCAAUUCAUUCUAUUACGCAAACCAGUUCAACUACAUCGCCAACAGUACGUCGCACACGUCCUACUAGACCGUUACGUACAACUACAAGUGCUCCUGUUACUAUCGUUAAUGAAAUAAUACAUUCGACUACCACACCAAUACCAACAACUCGAGUAACUAAAAAGUUAUUGGGAUUUAAUAGACCUCUUAUAAGACAUACAACUACUUCAAUUCCAGUAUCUACAGAAAUUAUUUCGUCAACAGAGAAAAUAUCAUCGCUUGAGGAACACGUAUCCAACGUUAACAAAACUCUUGACUCUCAAAAGUCUACGGAUGGGACUCAAACCCAUAAAGUGAAUUUUAACAGUAGGAAAAAUAUUGUAGGGAACUUAACAAAUUCAGUAUCACAUACAAGCAUUACUGGCAAUUCUAUAGAACAUAAGUCUUCUGGAACACAAACUACAGACUCUUCAAGUGCUGAAAAAUUUGAUGUACUGAAAAAACAAUUUACAAGCGCUGUAAAUAAAUUGCAGUCUACAGAAACUGAAGAGAGUUUGAUAGCAAGUAAAAGUGUUAAGACAGAAGUUACACCUCCCAAUGAAUACUCUGAGAAAAGCAUAGUUCAGCAAUCAGUUGGUGAAGAUAAUAGCAUCUCUACAAAUAGCGGAGAAGAUUCAUUAUCAUUACCUAUUUAUCAUAGAAGAAAAUAUUAUCAAUACUAUAAGGACUCGCCCAUAACAUAUAUAGACAAGAUAUUACCUGCCGAUGCAGAAACGACUACAGAUUUAAAGAAACAAAUACAUAGCGUGUUUAAUAUAAGUAGCAAUAAUCUGACAACUUCUACAGAAUCUAAAGAAAAGGAAGCAGAUUCAGCUUUAGAACAAGCUAAAGAAAUUAAUUCUGAACUCGAUCAUUUUUUAUUGAAAACCCCCGGGUCAAUAUAUUUAGAAACAACAGCCGACGGAAGUAUUGUCGAUGGGACUGAAGAAAUAACUGCAACUAUAGAUGCUGAUGAAUUAACUGCUGAGUUAGAUGAAAACAGUAUUUUUGAUGAUACACAUACCCACGGAAAUGAGGCAGCUCCGAAAACAGAUAAUGCGAAAGAGAAUGGAGAAACAUAUUUAAAUAGGGACCGUAUUAUUGAUGAUGCAAAGAGUUUACGAAACUUUGCUAGUCGUUAUCGCACGACCACUGUGGCAUCGAUAGUUAAUACAAAACUGCACAGUAAAAAUAUUACGGAAAUAUCAGCAGAUGAAAUAGCAGCGAAAACCCAAGCAACAAAAGAAGAAAACAAUUCUGUAGUGAAACGCGUCAACAGAUAUCGUUUCCGAACCACAACUGAAGUGCCAACAUCAACAGCCCAAACAGAAGAAUCUACUUUAUUAAACGACGGUAUUACAACGCAACGUACCUAUAACAUUUUAAAUCGUUUAAGAAAUCGUGUUACAACUUCCGACACUAUCGACCAGAAUACUACGGAAAAUCCAAUUGGAUCCAUAAGAGCUUCACAUAAAACAUUUGAAGGAAAUCGUUCAAAAUUAAAAACCACUACAGAAGAAAUAAAUACCAAAAAUCGAUAUAGAACACGAUUGACCACUGCGAAACCUGAAACUGAAACUGAUGAUGAUUUAAUAGCUGAAGUUGAUGAAAGCAUUGAGAAGAAUGAAGUGGAAACUAAUUCCCAAAAAGUUAUAACGUCGGAUGACAUAACCACAGUUAUUAAUUCAGAUGUUACUUUAAAAACAACCGAACUGUUAGGUACUACUAGAAGACCAAGUAUUAUAAAACCAAGUCGUAAAUACAGCACUAAUCCUGUGCGUACUACAAUAUCGACAGUGGCGAAUGAUUUAGAUACAAGUACUGAGCAAGUUCUAUCAACCACACGUCGUAGCUACGUAGGGGUUAAUCGACAGCACUUGAAACUGACAACACCGUCUGAUGAAGAAGCCAAUUCCGAAGCAAAUGAAACCAAUAUUGGUCAUUUCAACAAUCGUUCAGAUGUCCAAACAAAUAGACAUCGUGCUUUGUUUAUUGAAACCACAGAAAGUAUUAAGUCGGAUUCCUUAACUGAUACAAUAUUGGUGGACAAUACUACAACUAAUAAGGAAAUUAGUGCCGAACUAGAAGGUCAAAUUAAGAAUACAACAGAAGAUUUAACUGUUAAAUUAGAUGACUCAAAUGAAGGCGUAGAACUUGAAAAUUCGACACCCGAAGUAACAAUAAAUGAAACAGCGGAUUAUGAAAAUAACACGGAAGUUUUAUCAAUAGAAGGUAAAGUUGUUAGUGAAACUUCUACAAUUGAUAAUGCUGAUCUCAGUAACAGCACAGAAACUAUAUCUACCAAUACAAGUGAACGGAAUUCGGAAUUAGAUAACAAUGAAGAAAAACAAGAUGAAAUUGUGAUAACUGUUCCCAUUACUACCGAAUCGAACAUUGUCAAUAACGAAUCUUAUGGCAAAUUGACUACUGAUGAGUCUUUAGUAGAAAAUUCAUCUUUAAGUUCAACGGAAUUAAUUAAAAUAAAAAAUGCAACAUCAGAUAAUAAAACAGAUGUUGUAUUAAAUGUUGAAGAUUAUGACGUCACAAGUGGAACGCUUUCAGAAAAAGAAGUAAAUCACACAACAAAUUUACUAAGAAAUUACACCGAGGAAGAGAAAAAUAUCAAUAAAAUCGCAAAUUUUUCUGUUUCGGAUAGGCGUAGCUAUUCCAGAAGUAAUCGUUUUCGUGCAACAACUUCAGAUAAUAAUAAUCUCGAUGAAAUAACGAAUGAGCCAUUGCUCGAUUCAAUAAAUCAAAUCGAAACAACUACCUCCAGCUCCUCAGUUAUUGAUGACGCUGAGCCAAAAGUAGAAGAGCCAAAACUACUCACAAGCGAUGCACUUGACAUAACUACAACAGUAGGACCAGCAACAGAUGAAAAAGAAAAUAUUGUAAAAGAAACUGAACUAUUCCCUCCAACUAAUAGAAAUGAUCAACAACAAACAACAACUACAACUGAUACGUCAACAACAGAUGUCGAUGAAAACCAAUUAAUAACAGGCAAAGAUAAUAUUAUAGAAGAAGAUUUAAAAUUACUUUCAACAAGUCAUUCUGCAGAUGAAAAAGAAAAUGUUGAAAAGGAAACUAAACUGCCUUCAACAACUCGUAGGUCAUUUAGUAGAAUUAAUCAGGUUCAAACGACUACUACUGUUGCUCCUGAAACAGAUAACCAAGAAAGUGCAGCAAAACAACCUGAAUUACUUCCACCAACUCGUAGACCUUUUGUAAGACUUAAUCGACUACAAACAACAGCAUUUCCUGCUUCAACUGCAGAUGAUGAGGAUAUAAAUGAAGAAGUAUCUGAAUUACCGUCAUCAACUCGUAGAACUUUUGCUUCAAGAAAUCGAUUUCAAACAACCACAACUCUAUCAACAAAUGACGAUGAAAAUGUGGAAAAUAUAACUAAAUUGCCUUCAACAACUCGUAGGUCCUUCAGUAGAAUUAAUCAGCUUCAAACAACUACUACUAUUGCUCCUGAAACAGGUGAUCAAGAGAGUGCAGCAAAAGAACCUGAGUUACUACCACCAACUCGUAGACCUUUUGGGAGAAAUAAUCGACUACAAACAACAACGUUAGCAAGUUCAACAAUCGAUAAUGAGGAAAAUAAUGAAGAGGAAUCUGAACUACCCUCAACCACUCAUAGAACUUUUGCUAGAACUAAUCGGUUUCAAACGACGACAUCCCUGCCAGCAGACGACGAGGCAAAUGUAGAAAAAGAAAUUGAAUUGAUAUCAACAACUCGUAGAUCUUUUACUAGAAUUAAUCAGAUUCAAACAACUACUACAAUUGCUCCUGAAAUAAACGAUGAAGACAACGCAGAAAAAGAAUCUGAUUUACUUUCACCAACUCGUAGGCCUUUUGGGAGGAUUAAUCGACUAGAAACAACAACAUUUACUACUCCAACAACAGAUAAUGGAGAAAAUGAAGAACAAGAAUCCGAACUACCCUCAACCACUCAUAGAACUUUUGCUAGAACUAAUCGAUUUCAAACGACUACUUCCCAACCAACAGACGACGAAGAAAAUGUAGAAAAAGAAACUGAAUUGAUAUCAACUAAUCGUAGAUCCUUUAGUAGAUUUAAUAAGAAUCAAACAACAACUACUAUUGCUCCUGAAAUAAACAAUGAAGAUAACGCAGAAAACGAAUCUGACUUACUUCUACCAACUCGUAGACCUUUUGGGAGGAUUAGUCGACUACAAACAACAACUUUUACUACCCCAACAACAGAUAAUGGAGAAAAUGAAGAACAAGAAUCUGAACUACCCUCAACCACUCAUAGAACUUUUGCUAGAACUAAUCGAUUUCAAACGACUACAUCCCAACCAACCGACGACGAAGAAAAUGUAGAAAAAGAAACUGAAUUGAUAUCAACUACUCGUAGAUCCUUUAGUAGAAUUAAUCAGAUUCAAACAACUACUACUGCUCCUGAAAUAAACAAUGAAGACAACGCAGAAAAAGAAUCUGAUUUACUUCUACCAACUCGUAGACCUUUUGGGAGGAUUAAUCGACUACAAACAACAACUUUUACUACUCCAACAACAGAUAAUGAAGAAAAUGAAGAAGGAGAAUCUGAACUGUCGUCAACAACUCGUAGAUACUUUAGUAAAACAAAUCGACUUCAAACGACCACAAAUCCUGAUCCAACAAAUGAUAAUGAGGAAAAUAUAACUGAUCAAUCUGAAACAAUAUCCACAACAAAUCGAUCUUUUGGCAGAUUUACUGGACUUAAAACCACAACUAUUAAGGCAGAUUUAAAUGAGGAUAAAAACAAAAUUGAUGUUGCAUCAGAAGUAGAGUCUACGGUUAAUGGAAAACUUAAAGGAAAUUUCGCUGCGAAAGCCUCGUUACCAAUAAUUAGAAAUAAUAACGGAAAACGUCCACCACUUCUAGCACUACGAACAACAACCGAAUCUCAAUCAACAACGAAUGAUGAUUUGAUUGCAGAAAUCGAUGAAGUAGUCAAAGAUGAUGAGAACGAUUCAAUUCACAGUACAAAUGAAACAAGUAAUAAACAUUUCGAAACGAAUACAGAAACAACUACAAAUCGUUUGUUUGGUUUGUUAAGUCGAAAUCGUACACUUCUGUCGCGUACCACAGUGAAACCAUUAGAAAGCACUGUUACUGAAAAUGAGCAUAGCGAGUUUGAAAGUAUUAGCACUAACCGCACAUAUAGUAGACCUAAUCGCAUCCAAAGUAGCACUGAAAUUCCAGUAUCCGAGGAUGAUGAAAAUAUUACCACUAAACGUACUUUUAGCAGAUUUAAUCGUUUAAGAACCACUACCAAUUCCGUUAAUAGUGCUGAUAUAGAGCUUUCAACAGAGAAAAGCGAUAAAGCUGUAAGCGAACAAAAUAUUCCAACAAGAAAAUCUUUUGGUAGAAACAGUUUUCGAAGCACUACGGUUUCAACGGAAGAUUCGCCAACAAGAAACCCACUAUUAGCUCUCAAAGUUCAAACCACAAUAAAACCAAUCAGACCUAGUUUUAAUAGGAACCUUUUUAACAAAUCAAGGAAACCUGAAGGAGAAACCAAUGAAGAUAUUUUAGAUGAAAUAAAAAAUAGUGAUUCAGAAGAUACUAUUAAACCUAUUCUGAAGCCUUUUAAUUUUAAACGUCCUACUACUACUCGAAAGCCCUACAAUUUUAUACGCCAAAAUCAAAAUGAAAGUGAGAAAGAUGACGAAACGUACUCCGAUGAGGAGGAAUAUAAAGAAAAUGAAGAAGAAGAUGACGAAUCAUAUGACGAAAAUUCACUUGAAAAUGAAAAUGACAACUCAGUAGUUUCCACGACUGAACGUAAUAAUCUUUUACAAAACUUACGUAACCGUGUUAGAAUAUCGCAGACACAAGAUAAUAAGGCAGAGGGGGUCGUAAAUUCUAGGCUAAAAGAACUAUUAUCUAGUAGAACGAAAGGAACAACCACGUCCGACAAUAUUGACAGACAAACUACCUCAAGUUACUCUGACAGUGACAAUAGUGUAAUUAAUAAUAGCAACACCCCUACUAACAAAACAGUAGUUCGAUUAUUUGGUAACCGUAGUAAUACUAACCGUAGUAGCACCGUAGCCAAUUAUUUAAGUAAUACUAAAACUAUAUUAAGCUUAGUAUCUAACAGUUCUGAUAAUUCAAAUAGUAAUGUUAAUGAUUUAGAAAACAAUAUCGAUGAAGAGGUUAUAAGUGAAAAUAUUGAUGAAAAUAUAGAUAAUAAUGAAACGGGUAACGAAUUAAAUUCUACACGACGUUUUCAGAAAAAUCAAUUCAACCGCACAAGAACGAUAACAUCAAGAAUAAGAACUACAACUACAUUAGCUCCAAAUGCUGACACAGCAUCAGAAUUUAAAUCAACGGAACAGGUAAAUGAAUUAAAUAGUGACGAAGAAGCUAUCGAAAGCACCGCAACUGAAAGCACGUUAAACUCUAGUCCAACUCCAACACCUAGACGGUAUAGAGUGUUAAAAUUCCGCCGUCCUGUUGGCGGAGCCACUAGCACAAAUACCACAAUAUUAAAUAUAAGUAAUGCCUCUAAUAAUGCUAGCGCUAUUAAUGUAACCAACACUGUCACCAAUAAUUUAGAUCACCCUAAUAUUGUUAGCAAUGUAGUUGAGCAAGUAGAUAACGUAAAAUCUAAUACAAAUAUUGAAAAUCAAAACAUUGAAACAACCCAAAUUUCCACUGAAACUUCUGCAUUAGAAAAUGUAACACCAACAAAACGAUACCGCAAAGUUGUACGAAAACUUAUAAGACCUAUUAAUCAAACUUUAGACACAGUCACUACAGCAGUGAACACAUCAACCACAACGACACAAAUACCCACAACAACUAAUCAAAGACAAUACGGUGCUAGGUAUGGUUUCAAUCGUAGCAUUGGACAAAGUAGACUAAAAAAUGCAGAGGAGAAUCAAGAGAAAGAAUCUAUAAAUGAAUUGGUCAGUGUAUCAAAGAAUGAUGAAAAUAAAAACAGUGCAUCAAGAUUGCAACUUUACCGUAACAACAAUCGUAGCAGGUUUGGUAGUAAAGGACAACCUACUACAACAACAGCUAUUCCUGACGAUAAAGAAUUAGAAGAUGAAAAUGAAAAUGAAGAUGAAGAUGAAGGAGAUGACGAUCAAGUUAAUGAAGAGAUAAAAAAUAUUCAAACAGAAAAAAGUUCUAAAGAAUCAGAUGAGAGUACAGAUGUUCAAUUAGUUAGCACAACGGAGGCUGUUAACAAUAUAUCUGAGGACAAUGAUGAACUAACAGCUGAAAUUGAUGACGAAGAUACAGAGGAUAAAGAAAAUAAUCCAACAAAUGUUAAGACUUUAGUUAAAACACAAACUGAUAGUAUUUCAGAGAAAAAGGUAGAGUUGCCGAACACCAGCCCCAAAGUCAAAGAAGAACGCAUAACUGGUAUAGUUAACAAUCAUCUAAAAACGCUUCUAAAUCGAAAAACAAAUAACACCGUGCAACAGCUAUUCAAUAAUUCAAAACUAACAAAUAGUUCUAUUAGCGAAAAUUCUACCGAUUUACAGAGACUGCGCGAUAAACUGAAAGUGGAACAAGCACAAGGCGAAAGAAAUGAGGGAGUUGUUAGCACAAGACUAAAACAAUUAUUAGAAGAAAAGAAAUUAAAAUCAGAGGAAAAAGAUAAUAAUGACGAUAACGAUAGUACAACUGAAGAUGAAGAAACUGAAACUAAAACCUCGAUCGAACUAAAUCAAUCUACCGUGCCUUCCUCAAGACGUCCAUUUAUACCGAAAGGCAGGCUGUCUCAAAUUAAUUCAAACAGCAAUGAAAACAGUGAUUUGUCUACUGUGACUAAAUCGACUCCAACAGUACGUCCUACUUUCCGAAGAAAGUUAAUUGCUAAAAGGCCUUAUACGCCAAUUAAGCCUUCUUUAUCAUCGAUAUCCACAACUGAACGUCCAACUGCCGUUAAACCUAAGCGCAAGUACGUAAGAAGGAAGUUUGGUCGAUUCCAUCCAUUUAAUGCAAAUAAUCGCAAUUCUGGUGAAGGCUUUGUGCGUACAGAUCCAAGAGGAUCACUGCUGCCAGGUACAAAUCGUUUCAAAGUUGAAGGUAAACAAAACGGCGAAAAUAGUGGCAGUGCUGAUGAGGAAUAUGAUGAGUAUGAAUAUGUAGACGAUGACGACGAAGAAGCUGAAGAAGAAGAAAUUGAAGUUAAAAGUAAGGAAACUGUCGCUAAUAAACCUAUAGCACCAGUGCGCACAAAUAGUAUUCUCUUCAACAGACAGCAAAACAAUAUCUUAAGAAAGCCUAUCGAUAUUAUAUCCACGCAAACACCAACAGAAGAAGAAACCACCGAUAACAAUAGUGAAAUAGAUGAAAAUGAUGAAAAUGAUGAAGAAAGCGAAGAUGAAAGUGAUGAAGAAAAUACUUCUAAUCAAGAAGAUACUAGUGCAGUAACAACAAACUCAAACUCACCCGGUUUUAUACCAAAGAACAAUCGUGUAUUGCCUGGAGCGCGACCACCUUUACCAACUGGAGUAGGUGGAAAUGUGCCAUUUAAUCCGAAAAAUCGACCAUCAUCUCAACCUAAUAGAUUCGGCAUCAAUUCUGCUACCAGUCGAUACGGAAGUAAUGCACGUACAACUAACCGUCCCCGUGUUAUAAACCGUCCCCCUGGUGUCGCUGUACCAAAUUUGACACUAAAACCAAUAGAUUCAGGUUACGAAAGAACUACUUUGCUUACACCCACGAAACCAGCGCCAUUUAUACAAACUAAUACACGAACAUAUGAACGAAAAUAUACGGGACCAUCCACAGAAACACCAGAAAACUUUGUCGACAAUUCACUAAUUGAAGAUUUGAACAUUGAGGCGCUAAAUGCGCGCAACAAGAAAAUCUUCGACAUAAACAGUAAGAAACAUACUACACUCAAACCUAAAGUAAAUUUGCCCAAUCAGAAGUCUUCUCAAACAGACGAUGAAGUGGAAAUACAAAACUCACAUCAAAACACUGAAACAUCUGACGAAUCAUACACUUCAUUCAAAGAUGAUCAACAAGGUUUUAUAACAACAACACCACGCACACAGCCGCAAAUCAGUGGCAACACAAACAACAAUUAUGAUUUAAAUGUUAAUGAAAUUUCUUCACAGGACAAUGACUUGGUCGAUAAUAAUCUUGCGGCAACCACACCACAAACGCCUGCUACAACACUGGUGCAUAUAUUCACUUUGACUGACGAUGAGCAAACAAGUAGCCCGCCUACGGCAAGUGGUGCCUUUGUAAGAACACAUUUAGUUCCAGAAAAGGUUAAACCAAAGCAUAAAGUAGUUGAGAUCAAUCGCAUAGUUGAAAUCACAUCCAAGGAAGAAAAAUUGCGACGAAAAUCUAAAGCCAAUCAAGAAUUCCUGGAACAUUUUGGAACAUCGAAUAUAAAAGUUGAAUCUUUACCACAUUUAGAACAGUUAGGUGAAAUUAGUAUAGCUAAGUAUGUGCAUUUGGUAGAUAGCAGUGAUAUAGAAAUCGACGGUCACAGCACAGUAACUGAUUACACACCCACUGAGCCAACUGCUUCUAAGCCAACACGUAAUGACAUACCAGCAGUUAAUUCACAGAAUGUUGUACAAUUAAAUGUAGGUCCAGCAUAUGUACCAGAACAAGCUGUUAAUUUAGGUGAUGACCACAGCAUACUGCAUGAACGAAGCGGUAAAGCUUUGAUACCUGAAGUUAUACGAGAAGCAAUUGAAACUUCAACUAUAUCCCUUGAAGGUCUGUUCGAUAAUGCCAGAAAGGCAAAAGAAUUGAAUAAUGUAGUUGUUGAGACGGCGGCACAAAAUUCAUUGCUCACCACUGGAAACGGCGAGAGUGAAAUAAAUGCUGAAAAGUUAGAAGCUAAUAAUCAAUUAUUAAAUAUUGAUUUUGUGAGACCAGCUCCAGUCUAUAAUAGCAUCACAUUCGCACCAGUAACGCAAUCCCCAGCAUUAGAAGAAAUCAGCACAGCCGCAACUGAACAAAUUUCCUCUGAAACCACAACAGAAAAAUCUUUGAAAGCAACCACAGUAGCUGCAGCGCUCUUUCCAACAUAUGUAAGACCAAUUGUACCCCUACUCCGACCAGAAUCUAAUGAAUCCUCACCCUUAGUAAUAUCCAUUGCUAAUCUCGAUAAAGUUAUUUUAAGUAAAGUUAUGAGAAAUACCGACACGGAAAACAAAAAUCCCGAGCACACAAGUAAGUCCACAGAUGCCACGACUAUUGAAGCUGCCGACUCGAAUGCAGCUUUUUCCAGUCGUAUCGCUUCAAUAGUCAAGGCACCCACAAAUGUAAUACAUGAAGUAGAUACAGAAACAAAACAAGUAACAGGCUCAAAAACACAUGAUCAGGGUUUAUCUAAAUUUAAUGGUGUCAGUGUUGAUGUAGUCGAAGGUAGUAGCUCUACUAAAACCGAUCUAAGCAAUAGCAAUGAGAGUCCAAGCACUCUAAACAGCACUGUAAGCAAAAUCGUUAGCGUUAGUACCGAGACGCAUGUAGUGCGCAAAAAGAAGUCUCGUAAGCAUAAAUCAAGGCAUUUCACAACAACAACAAGUACGACCACUGAUGCUCCCGUAGGCGCUGAUGAUAAGGGAGCUCAAAUCGAAGCGGUGGUGUAGUUUGAAGCACUCAGAUAUUUAGAUAUAUUCCAGAGGUGCUAAUGUAAAUUUAGUUUAAGCUUCACAUAUUUUGCUUUUAUAUAAAAAGCUUUAUAAAUUUAUA